AUGUCCUCACCUUCAUUCUUCAACAUUGGAAUUGUCGAUGUUAAUCCAGAAUUUAACCUCCUUUCUAACGUCCCAAUGGCCGACCUAAGCCGUGCUUUCUUUAUUUGUUGGCAGGAAUAUUCUCCAGAAGGCAUACCACUAGACGAAGAGACUACGACUGGGGUGGAGUUUCGAGAAGAGUCACUCACUCCCCUAGGUAUUUUCAUUCCUGCUAUAUUGCAGGAUCCGCUGGUUAUCCGUAAUAUCCAGAAUGAUCCGCGCAUUGGAGGGCUGAAGCUUGUCAUAUAUGAGUGUGUCGUCUAUCAAUUUUUCAUACGCUUAAUGACUAACGUAGUGAUUUAUCAAGCAGAAACCAGGGUAUAUCAAGAGGCCCUUCUUUUCUGUAAGCACAAAGACUGUCCCCUGAUACAUCCGAAAUCAGCUAACAUUGCAGGGCAUUCUCGAUCAAAAUGGCUGCUUCGCGGCUCAAUGCUCGACCUAUCUCGAACUAUGUAUCCCUUCCGGAACGCGUACGGGAUAUCAUCCUUAUACAAUCUGCCCUAG